AUGCCGACGCAAGACAUGGAACGAUUCGUCGAACUCUCGCACCGAGAAGAAGAACUCGACGACGAAGACGUAGAAAAUGAGAACAAUAACAACGAGAAUAAUAAUAACGAUGACACUAUGAAUAACAACAACAGCGUGGGGGGGUCGUUCGAAACGACCACCGAGAAAAACCGGAGGAUGAUGGAACACAGCAAAAGUCACCCGAGGAUGUUGAAGAGUAACGCCACGUCGCACGUGUGGCCUCUGGGCGCGUUGGCGGAACUUUUAGACAACUCUCAAGAUCGCGAGUGUGGGUCGACGAGAGUCGAAGUUGACGCGUACGUUUUGAACCCAUCGAGAGAUAAAGGCGGGUAUUGCAUCACGGUCCAAGACGACGGCGUUGGAAUGGAUCGAGCCAGAUUGAAUAACAUGUUAUCGUUUGGUUUCUCCGAUAAAGAGCAUCUUUCUGGCAACGUCGGGAGGUUUGGUAUCGGUUUCAAAUCUGGAUCGAUGCGUUUGGCAGACGACGCUUUGAUUUUAACAAAGAGAGACGGAAUGGCGCACUGCGCGUUGCUUUCGCAGUCGUUUUUAGACGCGAUAGGAGCGGACGACAUUUUGAUCCCGAUGUUUUCGUGGAAGAUGGAGGAUGGGGGCAGGUACCUGGCAUCGGAGCCGACGGACGCGACGGAGUGGUCCUCGAACAUGGCGAUUAUUGAAAACUAUUGCUUCACGAAAUCGGAGAAGGAAUUGUUGACGGAAAUGGACAAGAUUCAAGGGUCGCACGGGACGAGAGUGGUUUUGUUCAACUUACGAAAACGCGAAGGCGAAAGCAACGGCGAGGGUGAGAGAGAGCACGAAUUUGACUUCUCCGUUGGGAACGAUAUUCGCAUGUUAGGCGAUACGGAGGACAAAAACAACCGAGGCUUGUCGAGUAAAAACACGAGUCGACGCCCUGUGUUUCAACAACACCGAGACGGACAGCAAGCCACGCUGGACGUGCCAGAAGAUUAUUCGCUGAGAGCCUACAUGGAAGUAUUGUAUUUACGACCGAGGUGUGCGUUUUAUUUGCGCGGAGAGAAGAUUCAACCUCGAUGUCCCAUCUCUCGAUUGACGAAGGAGUAUUACGUCUUUCCGGAAUACAAACCGAAAGGUUUAGCGUACGGUAUAACCGUCCAUUGCGGGUACAUCGAGGAAAACUCGAAAUUGUGCGGCUUCCACAUUUAUAACAAAAAUCGUUUGAUUCGAUUGUACCAACGCUUUGCGAGUCAGUUGCAAGCGAAUUGCAUGAUGAAGGACAUGCUUGGCGUCAUCGAGGCGGAUUGUUUGGAGCCGACGCACAAUAAGCAAGCGUUCAAGGAAUCCGACAUGGCGUAUCAUCGCAUGAAAAAACACGUCACGCAGUGUAUGAACGAUUAUUACUUUGGCGUGCAGAAUUUACGCUCGGCGGGUAAGAAUGGACGCGAGCGCGUCGUCGGAAAAGCGGUGACGCGACCGAAAGGAAAAUUGUCGUUGGGUAAAAAACGCAAGCAAGCCGCGACGGAUAUCAUCGAAGACGCCCCCGGCGCCGGCGCCGAUACCGAAGACUCGAAGUUGAUGAACGCGGCGAAAGCGAACAGACCAAUCAACCGGUACAAAGCCAUCUUGCAAAGACUGAUGUCCGACAGGAACGCGUUUCCAUUCUUAGAAAAAGUCGAUCCAAUCGCGUUGGACAUUCCUGAUUAUUUAGACAUCAUCUCGCACCCGAUGGAUUUCGGGACGAUUUUUAAACGCUUAGAACCGGAGGAUGAACAUGGCGUUCCGCUCGAAACGACGUAUUAUACCGACAGCGAUCCGUCAAAGUUCGCCAACGACGUGCGCUUAGUCUUUGCCAACGCAUUCACGUACAACAAACCGUCCGAGCUCGUGUACGUUCAAGCGGAAAAACUGGCGCAACUCUUCGAACGCGAGUGGGUGUACAAGUUUCCUUCGUCGGCGUACGGCGCCGGAGGGAGCCUCCAACCGGAAAUGUUAAAGAAUAAGAUCAAAAAUUUGUUGGAGACGGAGAAGAUGCUCAAGAAGAACGCGAACAAGAAAAGAAAGAAAAUGGCGGCGGCGGCGGCGGCGGCGGCGGCGGAGGUAAAGAAGGAACAACCGACUGGGGACGUCCUCAAGACGGAGAACGGCCCUGCAACAGCGGACGCCAACGGAGAAGCAGCCAAAGCGACGCCAAUGGAAGUAGAAGGAGAAGAUCUCGAAGAUGGCGACGACGAUGACGACGACGACGACGAGGGCCCGGCAAAUCCGGACGACGAGUUAAACGUCCAAAUCGUUCUCGACACCUACGACGACGCCGCCAAAAAGAAAUGGAUGGAAGCGCAAGUCGAAGAAGUGCUUGAAAUGAAGCAAAAAAUGCGCAACCAAUCCACUAUCGUCAUCGAGCAACAAACAAAAAUCGCUAACCUCGAGCAAAACUUGAAAAACGCGAUACAAGACCUUGACGUCGCCUCACUCAAACGAGGCUCCAAAGGCUCCAAAAAGCAAGUCGAUGCUGCAAACAGUCACAUCGUGAACCAGUUGGCAGAAGCGCGACAACAAAUCAUCGACCAACGCCUGCGCAUCCAAAAACUCCAAAAAGCGGCGCAAGUCAGAAACGGCAACACGUUAAACCAAGCCAUUCAACCGGUCCCAGCUGGUCUCGAAAAUCUCGCCAAGCAAGGCGAACAAAACCAGAUCAUUCGCAUGGACGACGCCAACAUCGGCGUCGAGCAAAAAGAGCUCCUCCAAGCGUUGCACGCCGCCACGGACAAGUUGGAAAAGCAAUACACUUUGCUACAGUUGGAAAGACAACGCGCCAAAGGAUUGGAAGAAAAAUUGAAAGAGGAGCACGAGAAGGCGCAGCAAAUUCAACGGUUGAUCGGGAAUAGCGGCGCCAAUUGA